UGUGAGCACAGUCAGUCCUCGGGCCACGGUAAGCUGCAAUCCUCUAUAAAUACUCACUGCGCCCCGCAGCACAACAUCAGCAGCGAACUGCAGCAGCCAGGAUCAGAAUGCCUGUCUACCCCACACUGCUCAUCGUCGCAGCCAGCCUGGUGGGAUCAUUCUGUGCCCCACCACAGACCUGCAAGAUGCUGAAACCAAGAAAGAUCGAGCUCACCAGCCCAACGUUCAAUGGAAAGUGGUACCUUCAACGCUGGACAACACAGUACGAGCCAUACCGCAAUGAAUUCAGCCAGUUGGACACUGCCUUCCUCAUAAUCAGCCCUGUCGUCCAAAUGAACAAAACAUUGAUCAAGGCCUACAUGAGAAUGGGAAAUGACUGUAUGUCCGAGACGGAGGCUUUCCGUUUAGCUAAUAAUGGCUUGGAAUUUACCUCCGAAUUGAAAGAGUACUUGGUGUUCCGAGUCCUCAGCACAAAAAUUGCAAGUUGCCUGAUUAUACACACGCAGGAGAGGAAACAGGGCAAAAUGUACCACACAAUUGCCCUCUACACUCGAAAUCCAGAUGGGAUGGAGAAUGGACGUAAGAUCUUUGAAGACCAGGUUCAGUGUCUGGGAAUGAAGAAAGAUAAGAUAUUGGUCCUGCCUCAACAAAAGGAGGAGUGCGUUCCACAAAAUACGCAGGAAGCAAUCCAACGGAAAUGAAUUAAUUAAUUCCCUCAGUGAACGGGAGCUUUGCAAAACACACUGUCCGGCAAUGCAUUUGCAAAAUCCAGUCCUGAAAGUAGAAGCAAAGAGCUGUUUGCAAUAUUCCAGCAUUAAUUCUCAGAAAAUUAGCUUGUUUGCUAAUGGCUAAUAGCAGAAUGUUCCAUUCGGUCCUCAGCUUCCCAUAGAACACUCCCACUCCCUCCACCUCCGAUGCUCAGUAGCAGCAGUGUGUACUCUCUACAAGAUGCUCUGCAGAAAUUCACCAAAGAUCCUCAGACAGCACCUUCUAAACCCACAACUGUUUCCAUCCAGAAGGAUAAAGACAGCAGAUACAUGGGAACACCACUCCCUCCAAGUUCCCCUCUCACCAUCCUGACUUAGAAAUAUAUCACUGUUCCUUCAACGUUGCUGGGUCAAAAUCCUGGAAUUCCUUCCCUAGUGACACAGUGGGUCGACCCUACAGCAAGUGGACUGCAGUGGUUCAAGAAGGCAGCUCACCCCCAUCUUCUCAAGGGAGCAACUAGGGACAGAGCAAGAAACGCUGACCCAGGCAGUGACACCCACUUCCCAUGAAAUAAUUUCAAUCAUUUUACAUUCCCCUCUCUCUACCUCUCUGUCACUCUACCUCCAUUUGCUCUUUAAACCUCCCUCUCUGAGUCACAAAAAUGUAGCUCAGCAUCAGGAAUUGUCCAGCCGAGCAGCCUGUGAACAUGUUAAGAUGUAAAAGCCGCCUCUUAAGUGCACGUUGUUGUUAAGUUCAAACAAAAUGUGAGCACUUUUCUCGCAGGUACAAGUCACAACUUUUCUCACUGGGAUCAAAACCCUAGGGCUUGCUCCCAGACAGCAUUGUCGGUCUACCCAUAUCCAACAGACUGCAGCAGUUCCAGCCGGUAGUUCAGCACCAUCUCCUCAAGGGGUAACUCGGGAUGGGCAAGAAAUACUGGGCCCAGCCAACCACAUUGGAAGAGCAAAAUAAAGGAAUGAAAUGGAUCUGGCA